CUGCCAGAUUUUGGUUUUCCAUUGGCAGUUGCAAACAGAAUACAACGGACAUUUUUAUUUUUGAGGACACGCACAGUUCCCUUCUCAUAUAAAUAUCGCCCCGUUUUGAUUCCAAAACAAUCUUCAUUUACAAGCUCUCUAUCUCUCUCCGUGAAAUUUUCUGUGGAUCUGAAGCUCUCAUCGGUUAUCAUCCAUGGCCGCUGCAACCGAGAACCUCUCCCAGCUCGAAUCCGCCGUCGAUGGCCUUGAUCAGAUCAGUGAGAAUGAGAAGAACGGAUUCAUCAACCUUGUUUCCCGCUACCUGAGUGGUGAGGCCCAGCACAUUGAAUGGGGUAAGAUCCAGACACCUACCGACGAAAUUGUCGUUCCUUACGACAAAUUGGCCCCUGUUUCCGAAGAUAUUUCUGAGACCAAGAAGCUCUUGGACAAGCUUGUUGUGCUUAAACUUAAUGGAGGUCUUGGGACAACAAUGGGAUGCACUGGCCCUAAAUCUGUCAUUGAAGUUCGUGAUGGUUUGACAUUUCUUGACCUGAUUGUUAUCCAGAUUGAGAAUCUCAACAACAAGUACGGUUGUACGGUUCCGCUAGUUCUCAUGAACUCGUUCAAUACACAUGAUGACACACAUAAGAUUGUGGAGAAGUACUCCAACUCCAAUGUCGACAUUCACACAUUUAACCAGAGCAAAUACCCUCGCAUUGUAGCUGAUGAGUUUCUGCCAUGGCCCAGCAAAGGAAAGACCGACAAGGAUGGCUGGUAUCCUCCUGGCCAUGGUGAUGUAUUCCCAUCCCUAAUGAACAGCGGCAAGUUGGAAACUUUCCUGUCACAGGGUAAGGAGUAUGUAUUUGUUGCUAACUCGGACAACCUGGGCGCCAUUGUUGACUUAAAAAUCUUGAACCAUUUGAUCCAGAACAAAAAUGAGUACUGUAUGGAGGUUACACCUAAAACAUUAGCUGAUGUAAAGGGAGGCACUCUCAUCUCUUACGAAGGCAAAGUUCAGCUCUUGGAGAUUGCUCAAGUUCCUGAUGAACAUGUCAACGAGUUCAAAUCAAUUGAGAAGUUCAAGAUAUUCAACACGAACAACCUAUGGGUUAACUUGAAGGCGAUCAAAAGGCUAGUCGAAGCCAGUGCACUUAAAAUGGAGAUCAUUCCGAACCCAAAGGAGGUCGAUGGAGUAAAAGUUCUUCAACUGGAAACUGCAGCUGGUGCCGCCAUAAGGUUCUUUGACAACGCAAUCGGUAUUAAUGUACCUCGCUCGCGGUUCUUGCCUGUGAAGGCAACUUCAGACUUGCUUCUCGUUCAGUCGGAUCUUUACACGCUAGUGGACGGUUUCGUCACCCGGAACAAAGCUAGAACUAACCCAUCAAACCCAUCAAUCGAAUUGGGACCAGAGUUCAAGAAGGUAUCUAACUUCUUGAGCCGGUUCAAGUCCAUCCCAAGUAUCGUCGAGCUCGACAGCCUUAAGGUGUCCGGCGAUGUCUGGUUUGGCACUGGCGUCGUUCUCAAGGGAAAUGUGACUAUCACGGCAGAAGCUGGGGCAAAGCUCGAAAUCCCGGAUGGAGCUGUGAUCGAGAACAAGGACAUCAGUGGUCCUGAUGAGUUGUGAAGAAAGUUUUGCCCCUCGUGAAACUUGCGCUUGGAAAAAAGGUCAGUAAGUUGCGGUAAAUUUCCAACAAUAAAAGUAAAUGGUGUUGGUUGCCUUUCGAAGCUUAUUUUACAGUUGGUCCAUCACCUGCGUAUUAUGUCCGGUCUUGCUGGAAUUUUGAUUAUAUUAUUAGAUAAUGAUUUUGAUUAUUGCAAUGUCAUUGUCCUUUAAUCCUCUCUUGUCUGUGACCAAGAGUUCUGUGUGUGAUUCUUCACCACAAAUCUCUUUUCUGAAUCCUAUCUUUAGAAAAAACAUUCUCGUGUAUCUUUCAAAGUCAAAUCCAGUUUAUCCGAAAAGAAUAUCUUCUGGUUC